AAGUUUUCUACAUAGGAGUAGAAGACAAGCAAGGAAAUAAAAAAGCAAGUCAACUGUCUAUGUCUCUGUGGUUGGCCAAGGUCUAAAAAGGCGAACAUGAAAACCCAAAAUUGCAGAGGCCCUUUUUUCUGUUUUUUCCAUCACUUUUUGGUAGUUUCUAAGUUCUAAUCCAAAAACCCUUUAAGCCAAGCUCUCUAAAAGAAGAAAAUAGAGACCCCCCGCGAAGAAGUACAAUCCCAAUGUCUUUCUCUCUGCAAGUCAGUACUCUAUCAUAUAUAUUACCCACUGUAGCUACAUCUGAGUUUUAAUGAAAAAGUGUGAUCUUUUUCGUGUCUGAAUUGAAUAUGAGGUUCACUGUCUUUCAGGAAUAGAAGUAUAGUAGCUGGUUGGCAAUUUGUGCCUACCUCGAAAAAGAGAAAGAGAGAGCUAAAAAAACAAACAAAAGAUCUCUGCUUUGGCAUAAGAUCUGUUUUUUUGUUCACAGCCUUGGUUGGGGGUUUUAUGUUUUAGGUUCUCUACAUUUGAAUAUUGUUAUUUGGUGUUAUUUAUUGGGGGAAAAAAAAAAAAAAAAAGGUUCCUCUUGGGUGUGAAAGCCUUGGGGGGUUUUGGAAAGAGGGUUCUGUUUUAAUGGGGCUUUGCUGGAGCAACCGGAUUAAGGCCGAAAGUCCUUCACAUACAGGCUUUAAUUCCAAAAGUGUGAGCAAAGAUGGGUUUGGCAUUGGUAGUGUGAGUAGUAGCAAAUUCUCAUCCUCUUCCAUACCCAUAACUCCUCGGAGUGAGGAUGAGAUCUUAGAGUCUUCCAAGUUGAAAAGUUUCAGCUUUAGUGAACUCAAAACCGCCACAAGAAACUUUCGUCCGGAUAGUGUGCUGGGAGAGGGUGGUUUUGGUUCAGUGUUUAAGGGGUGGAUUGAUGAGCAAACACUUACAGCUACAAAGCCUGGGACUGGCAUCAUAAUUGCUGUUAAGAGGCUCAACCAAGAAGGAUUCCAAGGUCACAAGGAGUGGCUGACAGAAAUCAAUUACCUGGGCCAGCUAUAUCAUCCUAAUCUUGUGAAGUUGAUUGGUUACUGCUUGGAGGAUGACCAUCGACUCCUAGUUUAUGAGUAUAUGCCCAAGGGAAGCAUGGAAAACCAUCUUUUCAGGAGGGGUUCUCACUUCCAGCCGCUUUCUUGGAGUGUGCGGAUGACAGUUGCCCUUUCUGCUGCAAGGGGGCUUGCCUUUCUCCAUAAUGCAGAAUCACAAGUCAUAUACCGUGACUUCAAGACUUCUAAUAUUUUGCUUGAUUCGAACUAUAAUGCAAAAUUGUCCGACUUUGGGUUGGCAAGGGAUGGCCCGACCGGCGACAAAAGUCAUGUCUCUACUAGAGUCAUGGGAACCCGUGGAUAUGCUGCUCCAGAGUAUUUAGCCACAGGUCAUUUGACUGCAAAGAGUGAUGUCUACAGUUUUGGAGUUGUUUUUUUAGAAAUGUUAUCUGGACUACGUGCCAUAGACAAGAAUCGACCAUCCGGACAACACAACCUUGUGGAGUGGGCAAAACCAUACUUAAACAAUAAUCGUAGGAUUUUUCAUGUCCUGGAUGCUCGUCUUCAAGGCCAAUACUCAAUCAGUCGGGCUCAAAAGGCAGCCAACCUUGCACUCGAAUGUCUUGCUGUUGAACCAAAAUGCAGGCCAAGUAUGGACGAAGUGGUAGCAACACUUGAACAGCUUCAGGACGCAGGUGGCAAAGACAACAAUGCAAAUGGUCAUGGCCAGGCGAAAUCCUGCAGAAGCAGCAUCAACGAUGGUCCUAGACCGACUACUUAUCCCAGACCUUCAAAUUCUCCACUUUUCGCUUAGGAAAAAUUUUCUAAUGCCACAAGUAGAAGUCAAGGUCGAGUACCUCUCAAGAGUGUUGAUAGUUCAAGCAUGUAUUAUAUAAGGAACUCAAGUCUAGUGUAUAGUUCAAUUAAUUUUUGAUUUUAACAUCAAGUCUGCUUCACAAAUGUUAUUCAAUGACAGAGAUUAGAACAAGGGGACAAAGAAUUGUUCUGAUAUGCAUUUGGUGGUUGUUUGAUUACUUGAAAACAAUGAGAAAAUGUAAUCAGUUUUCUAUGAAAAUGUGGUUUGAUCUUCAUUA